AUGCCCGACUCUGCCGAUCCCCUCCCCACGCAACCCUCGCCGGAUCCGGACAUGCCGCCGCGGAAGCCCCUCGCUGGCGGCGGCGGCAAGAAGCUCAAGAAGCCCCUCACCGACAAGCAGCGCGCUGCCGCGGAGCAGCGCCUGUCCCACCUCUCCGCGCCCACCUCAACCUCCGCCCCUCGAGAGGCGGCGCUCGAUGCCCCAGGCCUGCUCGACUUCUUCCGCCUCGACCUGCAAUCCGACGCCCCGCGCCCCGACCUCAUCGCCCCGCUCGUCGCCUACUACGACCCGGCCUGCAAGCGCAGCUUCGUCCGCGGCGUCCGCGUCGCCGUCUCGCGCCACGACCUCACCCGCGCGCUCUGCCUACCCCCGAAGCCCGCCUCCGCGGCGCCGGCCCCAGCCGACGUCGACCCCGCAGCGGUGGUCCCUGCCGUUAUGCAGCUCCUGCAUGAUUACGUCCUGCUCCCGUUCCAGGGGGAUGACAUGUGCAUACUGCCGCAGGAGGUGGUCGCCGCGGAGCAGGCGGUCAGGGAGGGGGCGGCGCAUAGGGUUGACUGGGGGGGCCUGAUCUGGGGCCUCGUCGAGAAGGAGAUGCUCGAGCUGCCCAAGAGGGAAGACGGGUUGUGUUACUACGGGCCGCACCUGCAGAGGCUCAUUUAUGCCCAAAAGCCACAUCUGUUAGCGCUGGUGGAGGAAGGGCCUGUUCCGGAGGUGUCUGCUGAUGUGGAGAUGGAGGAGGAGGAUGGUGAUGUGGAUUUGAAAAGCAAGAGCUUGGUGGAGCUGGAGCCGGGGGAUGGGGAUGGCGAUGCGGGUAACGAUGUGAGGAGCAAGAGCUUGGAGGAGUCGGAAUUGGGGAAUGCUGGUGCAAGGAAUGAUGGUUUGGACGAGUUAGAGUUGGGGGAUGCUGUUACAAGAAACAAGGUCAUGGAGGAGUUGUGUUUAGGGGAUGUAGAUGCCAGGAACAACAGUAUAGAGGAACUAGAGGUGGUCGAGGAAUAUGCAAGGAUCAAGAGCUUGAAUGAAUGUGAGGCUGUGGAUGUGGAUCCAGAUGCCAUGGACAACAAUAUAGAUGAAAUGGAGACGGUCAAUGAAGAUGCAAGGAGCAAGAGCUUGAAUGAAUCUGAGGCUGUGCAUGUGGAUCCAGAUGCCAUGGACAACAAUAUAGACGAGAUGGAGACGGUCAAUGAAGAUGCAAGGACCAAGAGCUUGGAUGAAUCUGAGGCUGUGGAUGUGGAUCCGGAUGCCAUGGACAGCAAUAUAGAUGAAAUGGAUGCGGUGAAUGAAGACGCAAGGAGCAAGAGCAUGAAUGAAUCUGAGGCUGUGGAUGCCAUAAACAACAAUAUAGUCAAAUUGGAUGCGGUCAAUGAAGACGCAAGGAGCAAGAGCUUGAAUGAUGAAUCAGAGCCGGUGGAAGAGGAUGUUAAGGGUCCAAGCUUCGAUGACAUGAACACCGUGGAUGAGCACGUCAAUGGCACAAACACGGAUGGUUUAUGUUUGGGAUUUGUGGCAGUUGAAGCUGUGCCUGCUGUACAUGAGGCAAGGCUUGACAAUAAUGAGGAAACGACAGAGGAAGCACCACCAGGGGGGGUGAUGAUGUGCCAGGCGGUGAUGAUGUGGCAGUGCCUACAGAUGUGGAUGGAGGUAGUGGCUGUUGCAGACGAGUUGGGGGAUGAGGAGGCUGAGGGGGAUGAAGAGAGGGAUGCAAUGGGAUUGAGCUUGGGGUUUAACUCUACCAAUGGUUAUGGUGCUAUGGAUGUGGAAGAGGAAACUAAUGUUGAGAAUUUGGAUGAGGAUGAGAGUGACAGUGGCAAUGAAGAGGCAGAGGAGUCAGAGGAUGAUGCAUUUGACGUUAAUGAUGGAGAGGACAUGAAUUGGAGAAUUGGGGAUGGCCAGGGGAUGAGGGAAUGUCACAUUCCUUACAACGCUGUGCAAGAGGAGUUUCCUCAGUCUAAUCAGCAUAAGAGGAUGCGGCAUAGUAACAGUAGCAACAUAUCACCUGGAUCAGCCUUUUUCAAUGCAAGCUUUUCGGUACCUAUACAGAACUUGAUGGUUGAGGCAAGCAGGCUCUAUGAGAAGAAUGAGCAAAAACUUCAGAAUUUGCAAUUUGAGAAACAACAGUGGUCUCACAUGCUGCAGCAGAAGGAAGCCAUUAUCCAAUCCCUAAACUCAGCUCGGUUUGAGCAACAGAAUAAGUAUCAAGCGGAGCUUAGACACUUCGAGCAUGAUCUGAAUGUUAUGGCUCAGUUGGUCACUACCUACAAAAAAGCUUUAAAACAGACACGGGCUUCUUUUGAUGAGUACAGGAAGAAGUUCCCUUGCAAUGUUCCUCUUUAUGGUGAUGUUGCUGGCGGCGGCGGUCUUGUUCUUGGUGUGAGGGAGUUGGAGAAGAGGCGGUGUGAGGAGGAGCAGCAAAAUAUUGCCAUGGUAAAUGGUAUGAUUGAAAGAUUCCAGUACGAAUGGUUCUCAAAGCAAGAUGAGUGGGGACUUUCUGUCAACUCACUGUGGAGCAGAGUGGAAAGACUCUAUAAGGAGAUUCAGCUUCUCAAGGAAAACAGAAGAGCAAGAUUUGCUACCCCAGCUACAGAGGAAUCUAUCCCAGCUACAGAGGAAUGA